AUGAGGAGCUUCGCAAGUUAUAUAAACGAACAAGGGUUGAGACAAUACUUUCUGUCAGUGCUCUGCUCAAUAUUCAUCAGCACAUCUCCUCAAUUCUCCAAAAUGGAUAUAAAUCCGGAAAAUACUUCUGUCACGACGAUUAAUGAAGUCUGGGACUUCAUAUGGAUAACAUUCAAAAAUGCAUCACUGACGUAUGACCUUGCGUUCUCUCAAAAUGCUACCAAGACUGGACAGUCUGAGGAAGGCAAUAUUUUUGAUAAUCCAGCGAAAUUGGGAAUUUUUACGGGACUGCUGAUUGCGUGGCUGGCUGAUUUUCGGAUCGGUCCUAUUAAGGACAGCAGAAUGCUAGACAAGAAACUGAAAACCACAGCCACCUGGACCUUCAACAUAAUCAUCUUCACGCUCUUCGCGCCCUUUGUUACAAUCCUCCUGACCACCUGCUUCCUCUACCGUCGACUCAUCACCCAGAUCCUACGAAGAUCAGAAGGCAAUGACUUCGGUGGUCUUCUAGAAGGAUGCGAUUGCGUUUGGGCUGUUGAGGACGAGCACGCCUACUCCGUCAUCAACGUCCUCGGGAUUCUCGAGAUAAAACCGGUUAUGACUGCAGAUCCUUCGAGGAUCUUGAACGACUUGAGAAGACUCGUGCAAGAUCGUCUAAUAUCUCAGAACUUCGACAAGCUGUGUUGGCUGAGGGACCAGAAGUACGGGUACUUCUACUGGCGAAGGACCAACGGCAUCAUCAACCUGGAGGAGAGGAUCAGAUGGCUAGGGGAGGAUGACGAGGAGUGCAAGGGCACCUGCGGAGACGUCUACAAUGGAUACCUGAGAAAAAUGAUGAACAAGAUCUGCAAUCGACCGCUUCCUGAGGACCACAAGACCAACUGGGAGAUUCUUGUCGGCAGACACUGCCAGAAAUGCCUUGAUGGCCCUCAUAAAACUCUAAAUAUUCCCUUGGUCUUUAGAAUCCAUCACUCUGUUGGCGAUGGAGUUGCUCUGCUGAGGGUUCUGCUGGAAGCCAUCGCCGAUUCUCAUUUCAGUCCCAAGUGUCCAGUCGACGUUGUCAUCGAUCCAGAUUCUCAAAUAGCUAAUGAGGGAACGCUUCAUUCGCUUGAUGGUCUAGCUGUUUCGACUGAUGACGUUACUUUGAAGUCUUUGAACCAGAUCAUUCUGUAUACUGAUGAUCUCUUGGAUGCUUCCAUGCCGUUCGUUGUCAGACCAAUUCCUCCGGUUACGGAAAAGUUGAAGAGAAUUUUUGCAAGAACACGAGAGAUUGUCCUUCGGGUUUAUGAGAGAGCCCUAGCAACGGUCAAAUAUUUUGGAAGCAACAUGAUUGUGCUGCUGUCGAUACCUUCUUGUCUUGUUGGGCAGGCACUUCACUGCUUGGAUAACAGUGCUCUUCACGGUCCCCCGUUGACUGGCGAGAAGAUCAUAUCUUGCUGGAUGGAGGGGGACUUUGUUGAUGACGAUGAAGAUUCUGGACUUCUCGCGAAAAUUCGAGAUAUCAAGAACACGACUGGAACGAGGUUUGGGGAUGUCGUUCUUGCUGCCUUGUCUGAUAAUCUUCAUCGUUAUUUUGAAAAGCUCAACGAAACAGCUCCGAAAACUGUAACCGUCGUGAUACCAGCUAGAAUGUCAGCACCAAACAAACAACUCAGCCUCAGAAACCGAUUUUCAGUAGGAUUGCUACCAUUAUGCAUUUCCGAAGCAAACGGAAAGGAGUUGAUCCUCAAUAAUGAUGAAAACGAGGAAACUAAAUAUGGACGGAUGCUGGAGAGACUCCGGGAUGUGUCUAAAUGCUCAGAAGACUUGAGACACAGGCCAGAUUACCUGAUCAAUUACUGGGUGAUGAGCUGGCUGUCUGCUGCCUUGCCAAGGAGGAUCCUGGAGCCAUUCUUGAAGAGUCACAGUACUAUGGUCUUUAGUAAUCUACCUGGACCCAAUAAAAUUGAUAUUCUGGGGAAUAGUUUGGAGAAGGUUGCGUUCUGGAUUCCCCACAGAGGAACAACCGGCAUUGGCGUGUCUUUCCUAACGUACGGAGGCAGAGCCCAUCUUUCUGUAAUUGUGGACAGAGGAAUUAUAAGGGACGAAAAAAUUCUUGAUUCGAUAAUCAGGGGUACGGUUGAUGAUAUUCAAAAACUUCACGAAUAUAUCACUGUGAAGCUGACGCACCUACGGAAACAGGGUCUAGUGUGCAGUAACGAAUAAGAAUUCCUGAUUACCUCGAAUUAAGAGAAGACAUCUUCAGAAUGUUCAUUCUGAUAACUCCUUUGAACUCCUUUUGAUAACUAGAUCAAGAACAAUUUUUAUCUUUUUUAUAUUACAAAUUUUACAUGACUAUAAAUAACUACAGAUUUAUCUUCAUCUCAUUUUUAUAGUUUAAUAAACAGACAGUUUUCUUCGAAGUUUUCAUUCCAAAUUUCAAACGGGAUUCGCAUUUAUAGGGUCCAGUCUGCAGUAACGAAUAAGACUUCCUGAUUAUCUCGAAUUAAGAGAAGAAAUCUUCAACAUUAACUCCUUUUGAUGCCCAGAUCGACGACAAUUUUUAUCAUUUUUAUAUUAUGAAUUUUACAUCACUACAAAUAACUGUGCAUAUUUGUCUUCAUCACAUUUUUAUUGUUUAUUAAACGACAAUUUUAUUGUUGUACAAAACGAAUACAAAGUCAAAACGGAAAACACACUCUUGCUAGAGUCCCUCGAGUCCAAACAUUCGUCACACAACUUAAAUUAAUCGGAAUUAUCUAAGAAUUGGUCUAUGUAGGAGGAGAAUGCGGAAUACGAAUUUUGAUAUUUUCUCGUAAGCCAGGAACAUCAGAGCUGCUGUCAAUACAGUCUGUAGUAAUUUGGCUUCCAUUCCUUUGUACAGGCCCCCCAACCCUUGUGUCCUAUUGAAGAAGAGUAAAUAAAAAGAUUUGAUAAAAAAUCAAUAACGAAACUGUAAAACAGUUUACAUCGA